AUGCAACUAAAAAAAACCUUAGAUAAUGAAAACACGUCGCGAAAAGGGCAAAAGAAGCGUUCUAUUUCCGCGAGGAAGCGUACCGCUUCUGCCUUCUUCGAACCCAGCCUUUUACUUUUCCCUUUUCUCCUGCCGUCUCAAAUCCACCCAGGUCGCAUCCCCCGGCGAGCGAUCUGGACGCCCUCCACCAAAUCUUCCCUAAUGGUCUCUGCGCCCCCUAUGUGCAAGACCAAGGCCGCCGUCCACACCUCCGAUCCCAGGCCGCGAUCCAGAUCUCGACCUUCUUCCGCCAACGCCUCCGCCGUCGCCACCUCUUCCAGCGGCUUCCCCACCUUCUCCAGUAGCGAUCCUCCCCUACACCGCCCUCCCGCCUCCGGAUCCUACCCCUCCUCCGGAUCCUCCGGAUCCAGCCUCUCCUCCCUCCGUGAGGCCCUUCCCGAAGCCCUCGUCCUCUACACCUUCUCCGAGCUCUGCUCUGCUACCUCCAGCUUCCGCUCCAAUCGUCUCCCCCGCUCCUCCGGCUGGCGCUGUUACCUCCGCGGCAAGGACGCCGUCCUCUUCCAGCGCCGCUUCCGUGGCCCCGAUCCAGCUGCUCUCCCCGCUCGCCUCGCCGCUCUAGGUAAGUCCCACCACUCCAGCCUCGCCCGCCUCCUCGGCGCCUCUAUCGCCGGCGACUACGUUUACCUUGUCUACGAGUACACCCCCGGCGCCAGCCUCGACGACUGCCUCCGAAAUUCCAAGAACCCUGGCUUCACCCCGCUUUCCACCUGGAUCUCCCGGAUGCAGAUCGCUUCCGACCUUGCCUCCGGCCUCGAGUACAUACACCUCCAUUCCUCCGUCACCGCCGGCGUCCACAACCGACUGAAGAGCUCCUCCAUCAUCGUCACCGAACCCGGUUUCCGGGCCAGGAUAUGCCACUUUGGUGCCACCGACCUCGCCGGCGAGAUACUGGCCGAUGCUGAAGCGAACGGAGAUGCCGACUCGAUUUCCUCUUCGUCAGGAAUGAGGAGGACGGGCAGUCGCGGGAUUCGGAUAGAGGGGUCAAGAGAUUACAUGGCGCCGGAGCUGCUCUUGGGCGGGAGCGUAUCGCGGCGGUCCGAUGUUUUCACUUUCGGGGUGGUCCUCCUAGAGCUCAUCUCCGGGAAGAAGCCGCGCGAACGCAGACUCGACGGCGAGGACUUGGAAUCCGUGUUGCUGAUUGAUACGGCUAGGGAAGCGAUCGGCAUGGAGGAGGGACGGCAGGGGAGGGUGAGGCAGUGGGUCGAUCGGAGGCUGCGGGACUCGUUCCCAGUGUUGGUGGUGGAGGCGCUGAUCCAGGUGGCGCUGCGGUGCGUGGAGGCUGAUGCGGCGUCGAGGCCGGACAUGACGUGGGCGGCCGGAGUGGUGUCAAAGCUCUUCCUCGAUUCACAGGCCUGGGCCCAGACGCUCAAGCCCCCGACCGAUAUCUCCGUGUCGAUGGGUCCGCGAUGA